UGAGAUAUACACAAAUGAGUUCACUCAGGAGCAUUUAAUGUCUCUACAAAGUUGGACGAAGGCUUUGCGAGAUGGGGAGUUCAGAGCCAGAGUCGAAGAAGACAUCCUGAAAAGCUUGUUUAUGGUGCUGUCAAAACUGCAUGAAGAGAUAAGGGUUUGGUCAAAGAGAGGGCAAUCUGCAGAGUCAGUUUCACUAGGCCUUCAGUUAACAGCAGAGUGCUUUAGAAGUCAAAGGAAUGCCUGUGUUCAGUGCACUCGCAACCAGUGCAUUCUUAGAGAUAUUGGUUUUAUCAGAGUGUCUGUAGAGAUUCUCAGUGAGCUAAUCAAGUUUAUUCCAUGGACCUCUCAGAGCCCUGUGGACACACUAAGAUGUGGAAUUCAGUUCCUGGGUAACGUUGCGGUCGGAAACCAGCUCUGUAAAGAUGACAUCUGGCAACACAGUUUUCCACUCUUAUUUUUGGAUCUCUUGGGCCUCUCUGAUGAGAAGGCUGUUGCAUAUGCCUGCAUGGUUCUCCACACUUGUCUAGAUGAGCACAAAACAGAGCAACUAGCCAAAGAUGAGCAGCACUUAAAGGUGGCUCUUAAAGUCAUGGACUUGUGUAAGACUCUGCCAGAGGUGGACUGGACGGUUUUGAUUGCCACACAACACUUCUUUAAAUCACCAGAGCUCAUUGAAAAGAUGUACAGUGAAAUGAGGGAUCCAGAAAGGGUGACUUUAUUGGAACUGAUCUCUGCCCAGCUUGGUGAGGGUAAAGAGGACACAGAUGAGUGUUUGUUUCCCAUCAGUGGAGCACAGUUUCUGGCCUCUUGUUUCCAGCAGCAGUGUAAGGCAAUACUGUCACUUGCCUCUGGAUCUUCGUCAGAUGAGGAGGUCCUUGUUGUGGUGAGGCUUUUGGAUAUCCUCUGUGAGAUGACCUCUGAUCAAAGAAAGUAUAUGGUUCUGCAAGGUCAUCCAGACCUUCUUAAAACAACUGUUGAGCUCUUAAAGGAGGUCCACUUUCUGGGAAAAGAGAGCAAGAAUGCGUUCACUGUUGCUCAGGAUUUCUCCAGCGUUGGUCCAGGGGGCGCCACCUCCUCUCAUGCUCCCGUCAGCUUCAAAGCCCAUCUCAUUCGACUGAUAGGCAACCUCUGUCAUUGUCACAGGGAAAAUCAGAAUAAGGUCAGAGACCUUGAUGGGAUUGCCCUGAUCCUUGACAACUGUAACAUUGAUAGCAACAAUCCCUUUAUAAGCCAAUGGGCAGUAUUUGCCAUCCGGAACAUUCUGGAGCAAAACCCAGACAACCAGUUAAUUGUUCAAGGCCUUAAGAGGCAAGGUGUGGCAGAUGACUCAGUGCUGAGAGAAAUGGGCUUUCGCGUGGAGGAGAGAGACGGCAGCCUGCUCCUCAAACCCAUAAAAAAGGAUCCAUGAUCACCGAAGAGACGAGAUCAUCCAGACUGCAAUCAACAAGUGUCCCCAUCAGCUUUCCAAAUUACACUCUGCAACUGGCUUAAGUCACUUGCAGAGUUAGUUAGGCACAGGAACCUUAAAGGAGCCCUGUUAAUAUCCAGUCAUUGUCAAGGAGCUGAGAGAGGAUCUGUGCUUUUGUGUGGAGAGUGCCAAAGGAAAUGAGAGGGACUUUUUAUGAGAGAGCUCAUGCUGA